AUGUCGUUCGAAGCGUCCCUCUACGAACGAUGCGUGUUUCAUUCAACACGACAGUACCGCACAAUACGAAAUGAAGUCAUUGGCAUUCAUAAGCUUGCUGCAACUCUAGCUACAAGGGGAGUCCUCAAAUCCACUGAAGAGCAGCUAGAUACAUCCCGCACACUGCACCAAAUUGAGCAACGGGCGCGUCAGUGGGAAGCUACCGGCUCUUUUCGUAUUCGCUCUCCGACCAAUGCCGAAUAUGAUGUGCUACUUCCACUCAACAGCGUUCGGCCUGCUUUAAAUGUACGCGUGGUCAAUAGCUUUCUGAAUGAAAAGAAUGGUAUGGUGUACACUAUAUGGGUAUAUGACAUCGAUGACGCGCGGGAAUGGUACGCUCCCGUACGUUUCCAUCAGGACUUUGUCGACCUGCGUGCUGCCUUGACACCUCUGUACGACGCUGUCGCAAAGAUACCGUUCCCCAGAAUCGGUCGUUUUAGAUUCGGUAGUCCUAUCCGCCAGCAAGAAUCGGACAUUGAUUCCUCGGCAAGAGCCUGGCAACUUGAGUCCUUCUUACGAAACGUUGUCUGCAUGAUCUAUCGUGAACGAUUACACCCAGCUGCCGCCGAGCUCGCCAUGCACGUCCAAUCCUUUCUUGGGUGUGGUGAAGCCCGACUUCUAGAACCACGAUUACGCGAGUUGCCUGAAUGGAGCGAUUCAGGUACAGAGGCAUCCGUAGAUAUUUUUAUCCGUGGCAAAUUGCAACGAAGCUUACAAAAGCACACGCAUCGUAUUUUUAUGUUGGACGCAAUGAAGCAAAUGAUUGAUCCGUUUGUCGAGGGAGUGAGAAGCCGGCAACCAGACUUAGGCGAAAUGGAAGUGUUGCAAGUACAAGGACACAUUGCGCUAAAGCAAAAGGCGCUGCAAGACUUGGAGCAUGUCGAGGCUUUCUUAGAUUUUUUACAAGGCAUUUUGCUCGAGUCUUGUAUGGAAGAGUAUUGUUCCAUCGCUUCCCGCGAAGAGUACGAAUUGGUGUAUAGAGAACUAAAGCAUGACGAAUCACAGUGGACUAGACUGGUGCACGAAGCCAUUCGGGCGCAAAUUGAGAUCGAAGUGUAUGUUCCUCUGCGAAGUGUUGUUUCUCGCUGGCUUGUUUACGGUUGGAAACAUGAAGAUAUGGAAGUUCACUUCAAGAUGAACGAAUUGCGCGUCCGACCCCAGUCUUUCUUUUGCAUUCCUCAAGAUAAACAAUUGGAUUCAGCCUCUUUGCAGCUGGUCAUCGAUAUUCUAAAAGUGGGUGUUGGACGAAGGACGCUACCUUGCACUAAGCUACGCGCCAUCCUCAAAGCCGCUAGAGCUAUUUCAAGUUUGUUGGCCAAUCAAGGCAAUUACGGAGAUAGAGAUGGCAAGGAAGGCUCCGCCAACAGCGGUACUCAAUAUUUGGGGGCUGACGAUUUUCUUCCUAUCUUUAUUUACUGCGUCGUUCAGGCGGACAUGGAAAGACCCUGUGCAUUGUGCGUCCUCCUGCGAACAUUAUGUGAUCGAAUGAAUCGUAUCGGAGAGGUUGGCUACUAUUUGGCAUCAUUUGAAGCAGCCAUUACUCAUAUUCAAGAGCUAGAUCUAUCACAAAAUCUCAAAGAAAUGCAAUCAUUUCUUCCUGUACCUCUAUAGUAAAGCUAUCCUCACAUGAAGACCGAAUUCUAGAAAAAAGCCAGACGCAUAUCUUUCCGUUUUUGCAAACUUGGCAGUACAAACUCCUGCAAUAGUGUGGCAAAGUCGGGAGCGGUGUCGGGAAGCGUGCAAACGGUAAAAUCUUUGUUCGUCAUGUGGCAGUCAACGACUAUCAAUUGAGUGUACUCAAAGCUUAACCCCUUACUACCCUGCUCACAUAGUACGUGCAGUCGGUGUGGUGUUCCCACCGCCACCCCAAAAGGCGCCGACGAUAAUUGCUCAAGCUGACUCUUCAUGUCGCCAUUUUUUGGAAAUAACUUAGCCGCCCGAGCUUUAAGGGGAGAGACUUCUUUGAGCACCGACACGGCUCGACGAGCCGAAACGCAGAUGACUACAAUGGAUGGCGACCGGACUGUCUUCCACUUUUUGAGCUUUUUCAUGGAAACAGAGUCCUUUAUGCGAUCCACAAGGCUCGACUUGUCCGACUUGGACAAAUACUGGGACACAUUCUCCAUAUCGGCUGUAUUGCCGGCGUCGUUUUUGGAACGGAGGGCAUGGUGGCGUAGAAGAGUCUCGAGGAAUUGCGACUGGUUUUCAAUGCUUUGCUCAUUUAGAUACUUCCCAGCUUCUAUCAGCACCUUUCCUGGUGGCUUUUUGUCUGAGCUCUUGGUCGUUUCAAGUGUUCGGUCGGCAUCGGAAAGUUUGCGUUUUCUUCCUGAAGCAGCAUCAGGUUGUUCCAAGAUUUCUUGCAGUUCGUCGUCUUCGUCGUCGUCGGAUAGCGGACUACCCACCACAUUUUCAAUCAGAAAGUCGUCGUCUAUGUCGUCUCCUCCCAUUUUAUCUCUUACAAAAGAGAAGCUGGCACUGAUUGCGAAUGUCACAAAGUAAUUU